UCCAUAAAUUACACUGAACAGCAAGACUCACAUAUAGACUUUUAAAGAGUGUUAGAAAAUCCAGCUCUUUAAUAUCAUCACCAAGUCAAAAAAAAUCUUGAAGUGGGCAAGAAUAGGUUGGUGUUCAUCAAAGCUGGAUCUUUCAAGCAAUCAACAUCACCAAUCAGAUGAACAAGAUCAAGAUCUAGAUCAAUCAUCAUCACCAUCAUCAUCAUCAGAACAAGAUGAUGAAAAUCAACUACAUGAACAACACAAAUUGUAAGGACUUGUUCAUACCCUUUAUCAUCACCCUCCUCCUCAUCAUCUUCACAAUCAUCAACGAUCCCAACUAAAUGUUCUUGUUCAAUCCAAACCCACAAAAACCAUCGAACCCAAAUGGCCUAAAACCCAAUCUUUCUUGAUUUCUUGUCAAAAUUGUACCCCCAAACAAUGCAAUAAUUCAAGCCAUAGAGAGAGAAUGCAAGAGAGUUUAAAGUUAAAGAGUUCAAAAAGAGGAAAGAUAAUACAAGGAAGCCGAGUCCUUCGGUCCAUUGGGCGAAAAGACCGGCACAGCAAGGUCUGCACCGCGCGAGGACCGAAGGACCGGCGAGUCCGGUUAUCGGCCCACACCGCAAUCCAAUUCUACGAUGUUCAGGACCGGCUCGGCUACGGCCGGCCCAGCGAAGCCAUUGAUUGGCUCAUGAAGGAAGCUAAAUCAGCCAUCGAUGCUCUUGAUGAGAAAAAACCACCCACUGAUCAAAUUCAACAACCCAAACAAGGCCUUCAAGAAGAACAUAACCGAAACCAAAACCAAAACCAAAACCAACGUGACCCUGUUAACAAUUUGAGCUUCUCGAUACCAUCUUCAUCAAGCAAUGAAUUUGAGAGCCUCAAUUUUCUUGAGGCCAGAAUGGGAUUUGAAAAUUAUGAGAGAAAAAUUGCUUUCAGUGCCAACUCAACAAUAGGAGGCUAUGUUACUGAUACAAUGCCCCAAUGGAACCAGAAAGUUGUGGGUGAACAAGACCCUUUGUUGUUUUCUCAGGGAGGAACCCUUCAGUCCAGUUGUUUUUCAUCAUCAUCAUUUCUUGCUCUGAUGAACCCACAGAUUUCAGGCCUGAAUUAUGAUCAGAUGCCUGAAAUCACUGGGAAUUCUUUCCCCGGUGACGGGUUCUCGGGGUUUUGUGUUUCGCCGCUUGUUCGAGGUGAGGAGGAUAGGCAUAACCCAGUUCCAAACAAGCCUUUCUCUGCUUCUUGUCUUCUUCAUUAUUAUCAAGAUUAGUGGGGGGGAACAAACCCAGAAAGUACAUAGUCCACAUGGACCCUUCAAGACUAGAGAAAUUUGAGCUGUCGUGUGAAUUCUUGACUAAAGAUCAAGAGAUCUUGAUUGAUUGAUGUGAUGUAAUGUAAUGUGUAUUUGCUUGUUUAUGUGAUUUGACUAGUUUGUUGAACCUUUCUUGGAAAUGUUUUUGUCAUUAGUUCUAGUUGAAGUGUUAUAGUAACACUUUGUUAUCUCUGAUGGUUUCUUAAAAUUUAUAAACUACAUUUUGGUUAUGUUGUCA